AUGCGCCUUGUUCCCGCUACCACCCCCGUGUCGAACGAGCAGCACCUCGUGUCCGUUGCUGCCACAGCACACCCCGUCACUGGGACACACGAUGCUAUGCGGUAUGGUCUCAAGACAGCCGCUCAGGGUCUUGCUGCUGGGAACCAAUCACCACUUCAAGCACGAUUGGAGAAGUGGGCUUCAACCCAAUCAUCAUUAAACCAGACCAUCCAGCGCGCCAACUUUGGUCUCGCAGUCCCAUUACGCCAAGCCAUGGAAAUCAAGCUUGUCGCCGAGAACCCCCACAACCCCCUUAUGCUCUCCUCCUCCGCUCACCCCGUCGGCGGGUCCCACAACCUCGCCCUCGAGAUCUUGUCAGGCGCAGACGAGACGCUCGACGCGCAGGACUUUAUGGGCGGGGAUAGGCUGCUGGGCGAGGUGGUGGAUGUUACGUCGGCGAUGGAGCGGAGUCGGGGGAUAUAG